AAAAGGUGUAUUAAUGUGUUGGACAAGAGCAUCACCUAGCUAAUAUAUCUCACCGUGUCCCACACUCCAUUUCACGCCUAUAUGUAUUUUCUUUACUCAGUUUCCUUUUCACUGAAUUCUUACAUCCCUCUCUGUCUCUUGUGUGCAAAUGGCCAAGUGUCUGGCACUCUCUCUGAUCAUAUUAGGCCUCUUCAUUGGGUUGGUGAGUCCACAAUGGAACAUACUGAACCUAGGAUGGGGGAAAAGGGUUGAGGAAGUGAAUCCAGAAUGGAACAUACUGAACCAUAUAUUGAGAGAGAAAGUGGUUGGAGACAACUUGAAGAACUACUGUGAGAGUUGGAGGAUCAAUGUUGAACUAAACAACAUUAGAGGGUUCAGUGUUGUGCCUCAAGAAUGUGUGGAGCACGUGAAGAAGUACAUGACUUCAUCUCAGUACAAAGCUGACUCUAUGAGGGCAGUGGAGGAGAUUAGGCUCUAUCUCAGUGGGUGCUGCACUUCGAAAGGUGAUGGCAAAGAUUCCUGGAUUUUUGAUAUUGAUGAGACCCUUUUGUCCACAAUUCCUUAUUAUAAGAAGCAUGGUUUUGGGGGAGAAAAGUUGAAUUUAACAUCUUUAGAAGCAUGGAUGAAGCAAAGCAAGGCACCAGCUCUUGAUCACACAUUGGAGCUCUUUCAUGAAAUAAAGAACAGAGGCUUCAAAAUCUUUCUGGUUUCUUCAAGAAAGGAAAGCCUUAGAUCUGCCACAGUAGACAACCUAGUCAAUGUUGGGUACCAUGGUUGGACUACUCUUAAAUUGAGGGGUUUUGAUGAUGAAUUGGUGGAAGUAAAAAAGUACAAUUCUAAGGUGAGACAAGAAUUGGUUGACGAGGGUUAUCGCAUAUGGGGCAUUGUUGGAGAUCAAUGGAGCACUUUUGAUGGACUUCCUAUCCCAAACAGAACAUUCAAAUUACCAAAUUCCAUUUACUACAAAGCAUAAAUUUCUUACUCUCUACCACUUAUAUAUAAAAAAGCUUUUACCUUUAUCACCAUCACCACAAGCUUUUGUCCCUUCAUCUAUGUCAAAGGUUUAUCAAAUGGAACUCUUCUUACUCCAUUGUGAAACAAAAAAACA